UAUACAUCAAAAUGUCCAACACAACCACCACUACAAACAGCACAUCCCUCGACCCCUCCGACUACUGCACCCUCUCCAUCUGCUCUCUCUCUGACGCCUACGUCAACUACAUCCCCUCCCUGGGCGGCAACAUCUUCUACGCAGCCGUCUUCGCCGUCCUCCUCAUCGCCCAACUCAUCCUCGGAAUCCGCUACCGCACCUGGGGCUACCUCACUGGCCUGUUCGGCGGUCUUCUCCUGGAGAUAAUCGGCUAUAUAGGGCGUAUUCAAAUGCACUAUAACCCGUUUAAAUUCACGCCAUACCUUGAAUACCUGAUAUGUUUGACUAUUGCACCAGCCCUCCUCUCCGCCUCCAUCUACAUCUGCCUCACCCGAAUCAUAACCCUCUACUGCGGCGGCACCGCUGCCAACAACAACCUUUCCCUCCUCCAACCAAAAACCUACACCUACCUCUUCAUCAUCUGCGACCUCGUCUCCCUAAUUCUACAAGCCGCCGGCGGCGCAAUCACCUCCACCGCAGACGCAGACCAAGCGGAUCUCGCCCAGACAGGAGUGAAUAUCAUGAUUGCGGGGUUAGCCAGUCAGGUCGUUUCCCUGGUGUUGUUUAUGGGUCUUUGUGGGGAGUUUGCCUACCGCGUGUGGAAGAAUCCGUAUAGACUCAAUGGGGAUGCUAGGAUGAGGGAGGUUAGGGGGGGGAGGCUGUGGAGGGGGUUUUUGGGUGGACUAUCCCUCGCAACAAUAACCAUCUUCAUCCGCUCCGUGUUCAGAGUCGCCGAGUUGAAAGGUGGCUUCCAUAGUAAACUUGCCAACGAUGAGGUCAAGUUCAUGGUCUUGGAGGGCGCGAUGAUUGUGUUGGCUACGUCGGCCUUGACGGUGCUGCAUCCUGGAUUAUGCUUUGGGGGGUUGUGGAAGGAGACGAAGUGGUCGAGGUCUUUAGUUCUCUUCAAAGGUUACUUCAAGAUUGGAUAA